AGUCAGCACUUCUCAUUCGUUGAACGACUACUAAUCUGUACACAUCAUGAGCGAACCGUUCUCCAAGCAUAUCACUUAUACGCCCAGUGGCGGCGACGCAUUAGUGAAAUCUUAUAAGUCCACCAUCUAUGAAGACAAAGGCGACCAGGCAUUCUACGCUGCCAUCGACACUUAUCUCGUCGACGCCACUUGGAUCCCAAAGAUGUCCUGGGAGAACAACACGUCCGCGGCGCAAUCGUACGCCCUCACGUAUACGACCGAGCUCAAAGUUACCAAGGGGUCUGAGGUUACCACGUCUAUUAAAAUCGCAGGGGCUUUCAGGGGCCUUUCGAUUAGUAUGGGCACCUCGGUGAAGGAAUUCAAUACUUACGAGACGACUAACACCACGACAAAAACCAUCACGUUGAACGUCCCUGCCAAGUCGACGUUGACGUUUUAUCAGAGGAGAUAUCGGUUCAGAGACACGAUGUUCUUCAUCUUGGAUGCAUGGAAUGAGAUGUGGAAGGCCGGCUCCUGGGGGUCAUUUAAACUCACGAAGAAGGCUUGCGUGGUGGAAAUUAUGAGUGAGGACUAUCUGACUGCGGACGCCAAGUUGGACGAUUCCACGACGGGCACAAUGGUGGUGAAGAAAGUUCCGAGGGCUACUUUGGAGUCCUCCUACUCGGCGCGAAAGCGCGAGAAUCUUACUGACAGAGCAAAGGAGGUGCUUGAUGAUAUUGACGCUUGAUGUACAAAGCAGAACUAUCCGAGUCGGCGAAUGCGCAUAUCUUUCACGUUCCCAAUCUCCCGCUUGUGUUUGUCUUUUCUACCUCUUUGUUACACUUUGACGUCUUCCGUUUCUGUGUAUCAGAGCUCGUUAUCUCAUACACAAAAUCCAAAAAAAAUGGUCCCUAAGUAGUGUUCUCUUCCGUCAUUCUC